CAGACUGUUUAGUGCGGCUCUGUGUUUCCACGUCGAAUUUCAUCAACAAAAAUGUUACUGUGAAUUUUAGUUAGGUACUGAUUUUCGUCCAAAAUAUCUAAUUAACUCCUAAGGAUCACACGUGACACUAGCAGAAUGGACAGGGAACUCGCGUUUCUAGAUCCUACGCUGUACACAGUGAAGGCUAUUAUGAUCUUAGACAAUGAUGGAAACAGAUUAUUAGCAAAGUAUUAUGACAGUACGUUUCCUACCUUCAAAGAGCAGAAGACAUUUGAGCAAAACCUCUUCAACAAAACACACCGUGCCAACGGUAAGGUGAUCAUGCUGGGAGGUAUCACGUCUGUUUAUCGUAGUAACGUCGACAUCUACUUCUACGUCGUCGGCAGUUCACACGAAAACGAGUUGAUCCUGGUGAGCGUACUGAACUGUCUCUUCGACACGACCACGCAGCUGCUGCGCAAGAACGUAGAGAAGCGCACCCUGAUGGAGAAUCUCGACACUAUGUACCUCGCCGUCGAUGAGAUCUGCGAUGGAGGGAUCGUCCUGGAGUCCGAUUCGUCGACCAUCGUCCAGCGUGUCGCUCAGCGGUCAGAGGAACUGCCACUUGGGGAGCAGACCGUCGCACAGGUUCUACAGUCGGCCAAGGACCAGCUGAAGUGGUCGUUACUAAAGUGAUUCGCCGCCACGUUUAACAAAUUCAAACGGAGAGGAUGGACGGACGGACGGACGCACAGAUGGAUCACACUCGACUCCUGGGUUCUCUCCGUGUUCCAUCUGCGACGUCCCACAAUAUCAUGUCUACAGUGUGCUCCUGCUAACAAGCAAGGCGAGACCAACCCCGGGUCACAACGAUCGAAGCUCAAGUUUACACGAGAGAGAUUUUUAUCGCUGGGGGGUGAUCAGCGUUGAUGCACCGCCAAUACUCACCCCGCCUCACACCACUGUCGCCGCUUCUUCGUGCGUCUAGUUUACGCGUUUCUCGAUAGCAGCAAUAGUGGCGGUUCACAUUGCAAUGUAGUCGUGUGUGUGUCUGUGGGUGCGCGUGCGUGUGUGUCGGCUGUUAGGUCAUUGAGGAGCUUAUUCGUGAGUUGUUGCCAGUUAGCGAUUUCUGUGUGCAUGAGCAUGAGAUUGGACCAAUAUGUGGGAGUGCGUUGCCACGUACUGUCAAACCUCCGUUAGCGUGACACCUCUGUAGAAUGGACACCUGUCUAUAAAGGUCUGUAGAAUGGACACCUGUAUAGAACAGACACCUCUGUAUAUAAAGGUCACUUGUGCU